CGGAAGGCCGGUGCUUCACGACUUCAUUUUUUUUUUCUAUUUUUUCUUAGUUUCGCCCUUUAUAAUUUGACUGGUGCGCAGACUCACACAACACGCACACCAACUGAGGCCGCCAGCUUCCACCCAGCACGCCAGCAAUGGUAGUCGGCGUUCUCGCUUUACAGGGUUCUUUUAACGAACAUAUUGCAGCUCUUAAGAAGCUAGGAGUGAAGGGGGUGGAAAUUAGGAAGCCGGAGCAGCUUCAGAAUGUGAGCUCUCUUAUCAUUCCCGGUGGUGAAAGCACCACCAUGGCCAAGCUCGCCGAGUACCACAACCUGUUUCCUGCCUUGCGCGAGUUUGUUGAAACAGGAAAACCUGUUUGGGGAACCUGCGCAGGUCUUAUUUUCUUGGCAAAUAAAGCUGUUGGUGGGUUUUUCUUCUGUUGAUUCUUCUUUC